UUUUGACAGACCGUUACAACUUACGGUUAUUGCGUGAUAAGAUUUUGUGAUGUAGAAAAAAGGUGCAGGAAUUGGAGGAGUCAGGGUUGUGAUUAGUUGAUUGGGGACUCAAAUAUUGAAAUAUGAAUGCGUCAGAAUCUUCUCAGGACGAGGGAUCUGGAGGGGCUACAGGGGUUUCGGAGGAGGCGGAGGAUGGGAGAGCUUUUUUUGAGUGCAAUAUUUGUCUUGAUACAGCAAAAGAUGCCGUUGUUAGCAUGUGUGGACAUUUGUUUUGUUGGCCAUGUCUACACCAGUGGCUGGAGACCAGACCACACAGACAAACAUGCCCUGUAUGUAAAGCAGGUAUCAGUAAAGACAAAGUAAUCCCUAUAUAUGGCAGAGGAGCCACAAACCAAAAGGACCCUAGAGAAAAAUUGCCACCCAGGCCUCAAGGUCAGAGGUCAGAACCUGAGAACAAUAGGGGUUUCCCAGGCUUUGCAUUUGGGGACGGUGGCUUUCAGAUGUCCUUCGGAAUUGGAGCUUUUCCCUUUGGUAUUUUUGCAUCAACACUAAACUUCAAUGAUGGGAGGCCUGGUCCAGCCCAGCCAGGCACAGCCCACCAUACAGAGGAACAGUUCCUGUCCAAAGUUUUCCUGUGGGUGGCUGUUUUGUUUAUAUUCUGGCUGUUGAUUGCUUAACAUUGUUAUACUGUUUAGAAGUUAUCCUACCGUCAUGGGGAUUUUAAAUUUAGAUCUAUUGUGGAGAGAGAGAGAGAGAGAGAGAGAGAGAGAGAGAGAGAGAGAUGAAACAUUUACCAUAUUAAAUGUAAUAUGAAAGAUACAAAAUUGCUUUAAUAUACCAUGUAACAGAACUCUGGUGUAUUUUGAUUAGUUGAGUAUCAAGUUUCGUUGAUGAUUGUGUUCAUUUUCGGUAUCAAAUUCAAAAUUGUCACAUGGUAUUUUUUUCUACUAACAGAGAUGGGAAUAUGAUACAUGUGAAUGAUACAGGACUUCUGGCCAUAAUUACUGUGCAGUGAUACAUUUUGUUGAAAUUUGUGAAAGCUUUCAUAGAAACAUAAAAGUGGUUUUAUAGCCAGCUUGUGUUGGAAUUGAUAUAUAAUCAGUAUAUGUUGUCAUUUAAUUAUUUAUCAGAGUUUAUUAUCACAUAGAAUCAAGGUUGCAGGGCAUGUAAAAACUUGCUUUUGUGUGCAUUAUACUCAUGAAAGGUAUGGAAUUGCUGUACGAUAGAAAUUGCUACUUUUUAGGAUUUGAAUCUUAUAAUUGUCACAGAUAUGGAAAAUCCCUAUCCAUUUCUGGGUUCAAAAGGUCAUAGGUCAAGUGAUAGACAGUGCCAGAAUUCCAGAAUAAAGGAGGUUCGUGGAUGACGGCUGUAUUUCAUGUUACCAGUCAUAAAUGAUGCAUAUUGCCUGGGCACAUUCCAUUUUGCAGUGCCGUUGUUAAUGCAUUGUGUGCAUAAUGAUAAAUCUGUCGUAGUUUCUUGCUUGAAGAUCAGAAUUUAUUCUGUUGUGAAAUUUUGAUAAAUGUUGAUAUUUUGCACCCAAAAAUGGUACAUAUGAUUGUGUUCUUGUAUCUGUUUUUCACAACAGAUAAUUAUUAGAUAUAUAUGAUAUAGAAGCCUGCAUUUAUCGACAUUAAAUGCUUAUUUGUGAUUAUGGAGUCUGAUGAAUUUUGAUGUCAGAUCAUAUGUAUGGUGUCGUUGGUGAUCUAUUAACUUAAUUAGUGGAUAUUCUUGAUAGUACUGUACACACAAGGAUAUUACUUUUAUUUAUGAUUUUAGUAUGGUAGCUUUAACUCUGACUAGAGUCUUCAAUCUAAAGCUUCCUUAUCUAUUCCAUACAGCCAGGCGUCACUACAUCAGAAGUAAGUUAAACGCUGAUCUUCAAUCUUAAACAAAUGAUUUGACAGUUGUAGGAUUCAGUAUGUGAAAUGUUCAUAUGUAAAAAUACAGCAAAGUUUCAUAUAAUAAGCAAUCUAAUGAAAAUUAGCUUGGUAGUGGAUUCAAAACAGCAAAUUUUAAUUAGAUUGUUAUGGUAAACAGAUUGUUAAAAAAAUGAUUUUAAAAUAAAGCAUUAUUAAUAAAA